AUGUCUGACAACGAGCCCAACCCGGCAGAGGAGGCGGCUGCGCGCGCCAAGGAGAAGGCCGAGCAGGACGCGCUGCCCUACAAGUGGACGCAGACCAUUGGGGACCUGGACAUUACGCUCAGCGUGCCAGGAAACCUCAAGGGCCGGGACCUGGUGGUGGACAUCAAGAAGCAGUCGAUAUUGGCCGGCAUCAAGGGGCAGGAGCCUAUCAUCAAGGGCGACCUCCCGCACGCGAUCCGAACCGACGACAGCACGUGGACGCUCACGGCGGCGCCGGACGGGACCAAGACGAUUGAAAUUCACCUGGACAAGGUGAACAAGCUGGAGUGGUGGGCGCACGUGGUGACGGACGGGCCCAAGAUCGACGUGACCAAGAUUGUGCCUGAGAACAGCAAGCUGUCGGAGCUGGACGGCGAGACGCGCGGCAUGGUGGAGAAGAUGAUGUUUGACCAGCGCCAGAAGGAGAUGGGCCUGCCGAGCAGCGACGAGCAGAAGAAGCUUGACAUCUUCAAGAAGUUCCAGGAGCAACACCCCGAGAUGGACUUUAGCAACGCGAAAAUGAACUAA